GCCACUCGUCACACACACAGUACCUUUAUUGCCCUGCCUCGUCCCCUCUCCACCGCUUCACGGCUCGUUUGUCCACAGCAGAGCUGUCACUGACCUGUCCCCUAGUGCGCCUUCCACAUUCAUUUCGAGUGAUUACCACUGCAUCUUGCACAUCUUUGCUUCUUCAAGUCCCCCUCACUCUCUUCUCCGGACCGGAUCCUUUCUGUAAUCACCAUGAAGUCCUUCUUCGCCAUUGCAGCUGGCCUUUUGGCGGCUUGCUCCCCUGUUUUCGCCACUCCCCAAGGCACCCAAGGCGUCAUUGGCCAGUACAAACUCCCUGGCAACCACUCGAGAGAGACCAAGGAGUACAUUGUUACUUGGUGGCGCAACGACACUGACGCUCGCCCAAUUGAAAGAUAUCUGGAUGCCCUGGAGCUCAACAACGACGGCGACGUGAUCCAAGCCCAGUCGAGCGAAGGCGUCCAGCCCAAAUGGGUCAUUCUCAAGAUGUGUGACGACCAUGCUGCUCUUUUCCAGACCAUGGCUGAGAUCAACGUUGUCGAGGAAAAGGCCGAGGUCAAGUCCUUUGUCACUCAGCGCGAUGGCUCGCCAUGGGGUCUGCAGCGAAUCUCCAGCGCUGCCGGCGCCUCUGGAUCUCCCCAAGGCCAGGACUUUACCUACACUUUUGACGACCCAAAGCUCGGUGCCAAUGUUGACAUCUACGUUGUUGACACGGGUGUCCGAACCACGCAUGCUGUCUUCACUGGACGUGCCAUCCAGGGCUUCACAGCCACUGGUUCAUUCACGGAUGGAGACGGUCACGGCACCCACGUUGCCGGUACUGCUGCUGGCGCCAAAUUCGGUGUCGCCUCAGGCGCCAACGUUAUCGAAGUCAAGGUCCUGGGCGACGACGGAUCGGGUGCCUCUUCCGACACCAUCAAGGGCAUGGACUGGGUCAUUGCCAGGCACAACAAGCGCAAGACUGAGCCUGGCUUCAUUGGCUCCAUCAUGAGCAUGUCUUGGGGUCUUCAGGGCACUGCAAACUCCGUCGACGAGGUCAUCGCCGGCGCUUCAGACGCUGGUAUCCACGUUUCGGUUGCUGCUGGAAACGACGGCCAGGACGCCUGCGGUAGCACUCCUGCGCAUCUCGGUGGAUCAAACUCCAACGUCGUCACCGUCGGCUCCGUCAACAUCAACAACAAAGUCUCGUCCUUCUCAAACAUUGGCAAGUGCGUUGAUAUCUACGCCCCUGGCGAGCAGAUUCUCAGCGCCUGGGCUACUGGCGACAACGUCAUCAACUUCCUUUCUGGAACCUCCAUGGCUUGCCCUCACACCACUGGUGUCAUGGCUUACCUAAUGGCUGAAGAUCCUGCCGGCCUUGGCCAGAACCCUGCUGCGCUCAAGGCCAAGCUCCUCCAGACUGCCCGCCAGGGUGCCAUUUCCGGAAACAUGGGUGGAAGUCCAAACCGCCUUCUCAGCAACGGCGUCAAUGGCAGCGUCGCCGCGCGUCUUGUCAAGAACUAUGUUGUCCCAGACAACAGUGGCCCCAACGGUAGCCCAGCUGCCCGUGCCGGCGCUGUCGUCAUGUCCAAGGGCGUGACACUUGACAAGCGCUUCCAGCUUCACUCUCGGGACGUACAGCUUCGUUUCUAAAAAAAAAUCCCGGCAAUGGAGCUUCACACAAUUGUUGGACAUUGUUCCGAAAAAAAAAGUUGCCACUGCAUCUCUGCCCUGUCUCUUGGCUAUCCAAGGAGACUGCCACCUUAAUACUUCAAUCUACCCUGCAUCAGCGUGGAAAUGGCCCUUCUGUUUCUCAUUUGAAUCUGUCACCCAGUGGAACAUGUGUCUGGACUUAAUUUCGUUGUCAAUACUUUUCUUUUUUUCCGCACCUCCUCCUCCACCUCCUAAACUCGUUUGCAUUGACCGCCGAGGGCGGGGCACAGGAUUUGGAACCGCCAUGUACGUAUGGCAUGACUAUUUUCAGCUUGGUCAUCAAUGCGUCCUUUGAAUCGGUCGCGCAUAUACCUCAGACGUAUAUACGAGAAAUUUGAAAAAAAA